AUGUCCAACAGCAGCUCCAUCAGCCAGUUCCUCCUCCUGCCAUUUGCAGGCACACGGCAGCUGCAGCUGCUGCACUUCUGCCUCUUCCUGGCCAUCUACCUGGCUGCCCUCCUGGGCAACAGCCUCAUCAUCUCCACCAUCGCCUGGCACCACCACCUGCACACCCCCAUGUACUUCUUCCUCAUGAACCUCGCCCUCCUUGAUCUGGGAGCCAUCUCCACCACUGUCCCCAAAACCAUGGCAAAUUCCCUGAGGGAUACCAGAGAGAUCUCCUACUCAGGAUGUGCUGCUCAGGUCUUUUUCUUUCUCUUCUCGAUUUUAGCAGAGUUUUUUCUCCUCACCAUCAUGGCCUACGACCGCUAUGUUGCCAUCUGCAGACCCCUGCACUAUGGCACCCUCCUGGGCAGCAGAGCCUGUGCCCACCUGGCAGCAGCUGCCUGGGCCUGUGGAUUUUCUUAUGCUCUGCUGCACACAGCCAAUACAUUUUCCCUACCCCUCUGCGAGGGCAAUGCUGUGGCCCAGUUCUUCUGUGAAAUCCCUCAGAUCCUCAAGCUCUCCUCAAGCUGCUCCAGAGCCUACCUCAGGGAAGUUUGGCUUAUUGUGUUUGGUGCCUGUUUAGUCUUUGUCUGCUUUGUGUUCAUUGUGGUGUCCUAUGUGCAGAUCUUCAGGGCAGUGCUGAGGAUGCCCUCUGAGCAGGGACGCCACAAAGUCUUUGCCACCUGCCUCCCUCACCUGGCUGUGGUCUCCCUGUUUGUCAGCACUGGCAUCUUUGCUAACCUGAAGCCUCCCUCCAUCUCCUCCCCUUCCCAGAAUCUGGUGGUGGCAGUUCUGUACUCCGUGGUGCCUCCAGCAGUGAACCCUCUCAUCUACAGCCUGAGGAACCAGGAGCUGAAGGCUGCCCUGAGCAAACUGCUCACUGGAUGCUUUCAGAAGCAAUAA